UGUGUUUUGUGGACAGGCGAAAGGUUCAAGGCGGUGCACCACUUCGACGCAUCUGAGCAGCUGUGGUGGUCGUUACCCUACAGCGCAAUUGGGGCCCCAGCUGCUCCCUGAUUCUGGCACAGCUUGUUUGGGGGCAAAAUCUGGCCCCUUUGUGCGGCACGUUUAAACUUGCAUGCGCCCCUCGUUGUGCUCGUGUGCCAAGAUGCCUGCGGGGUGCAUUGCUGGGCCCACCAGCGUGGCCAGCUGGACACACCAGCCAGCCGUUGUGCAAUGCGGGGUUGCAGGAGGGCAGAUACCGGCAUUGCCCUUCGGCGGGCCAGAAGGUGUAAUUGGUGGGAACUCUCACAUUAGGCUGCAACCCUUUAGUUACUCACAAAAGCUUCUCACAACUACCUACAAUUGGGGCAGGCUAUACCCUGCUCUGGGGCCGAAUGGAAGGGGGUCUGUGCAGGCUAACCUCUUUGGGUUUGGUGGAAAGACCAGCAAGGGCAGUGGGGGCCGCCAGGGCUGUGCCAAGUGUGGGUACAAAGGGAGCGUGGAGUGCCCCGGCUGUAAAGGAUCCGGGAAGAACAAGAAGAACGGCAACAUGUUUGAGAGGUACAAGUGCUUUGAUUGCCAAGGCUUUGGCCUCAUCAGCUGCCCCGCGUGCAGCAAGGGCAAGGGCCUCACGCCGGAGCAGAGAGGGGAGAGAUAGUCCGUGGCCCCUGUGUAAAAUACUGCCGUGAGGCCAUGAGUGCGUCGAAUUUUUGCUCGUGAAGAAGUAAACGGGUACAGCAUUUGCUGCUUGUGUUUGGCGAGCAUCGAGUUGAGUGAGAAAGGCAGCCUAAUGUGUUGACUACUCUAGACUAGUCUAGGAUUUCCAAUUGGAGAAUUGUGCACGGUCCUCAAGAUAGGUGGUAACAUAUGGAGCUAGAAUUUCAUGCGAAAGCUGGCGGUCGCUUGAAAUCUGCGGCCGCGCUGCACAGAGUCUUCCAACAAGACAUAGUAAAUGUAUGUUAUUCUUAGGUUGGACGAUCAUCAAACUCUUCCAAGACAGUGUAUUGAAAGCUGCAGCAUGGUCCUUAGAAAGUCGUACUACUCUUGUUGGCCGGACAAGUUGCGUCCGGGCCUGAUGAAAAUCGCGUCAAAGUUUGAACAUAAGAUCAACUUUG